UUAGAUGCCGCCACAGUUCGAAAAUUGAGGAAGUAGUACGACUCGAUAAUAAAUCAGACGUAGCGUUAUUUUCAAAUAGUGUGGCUUAAUAGUGCACCAGAAGGAAUUUUUAUUCUUGAAUAUGAUUUAGCGUUAAAUCAGAAAAUUUUUUAUUUGCGGAUAAUAUUGCUCAAUAACAUAUCAUAUAAAUUUAUAUUUUUAAGUAGUGUUACUUGACAGUGGAUUUUAAUUAAAACAAUUUAACAAUCGGGUUUUAAAAUGUCCUGAGAAAGGGAGAAGAAAUAAAUUUACAAUUGGGAAAGAUUUAUAGAAGAAUAGCAGAAGAAGAAGAAAUAAAAACCAGACAUAUAAACAGGCUGAUUUAAAGUAAAAAUGGUCGACAACGCCCGCGUGAUAACGGUUCACUGGGAGUUACUAAGGGAAGAGAUAGAACGCAUACCCGUCGAGAUAAAGCUGCACUUGGCGCCGAUAAUCAGCGUGCUACGUACAUCCGACGAAAAAUUAGCUUCGGCAGGAUGGAUAGGCGCCUCGUUAACAAGAGUGGACGCUUGCUUAGACCGCGCAUGGGAAACGUUGAAUACUGGCCACUGGAAAGACGUGCCGAUAGAAAAUAGAUAUUGUUACUCUCUAUGCACAGUCAUCAAGGCAGUAUUGCUGGAGCUUCGAUGCAUCAAUAACACCGAGAGCACUAAUGAAGAGCAAAAGAAUACCAUAUUUAAAGAUAUUCUUGAUCAAAUCGAUAAAGGUCUUCUGCUAGGCGCACCUCUGCCCAGUGGACCAGACGCCCAUUGCUUACUGACGUCUAUUGCUGCAAGUCUGAAUAGAUAUCUUGCUGAAAAAUCCGCCGUGGAGUUGGGGGAGAUUUCAGCCGAUUAUAAAGGCACCGACCGUAUGGUCUCUUACCCGAACAGACACUUCGAGCAACCCUCGAUGGAGGAGUUCAAUGAGAAAAUUUUUCAAGUCAAACUUCCAGCUGUGUUAACGGGCUGCAUAAACCAUUGGAGGGCACUGACGCUAUGGAAGGAUCUCGACUACUUGUACAGGACCAUGGGCUUUCGGACAGUGCCGAUCGAGAUUGGAUCCAGUUACACCGAGGACGACUGGACGCAGAGGCUCCUCAAUUUCUCCGACUUCUUGCAGGAAUACAUUAUUGCGGACAGCAGCGAGAUCGGUUACUUGGCGCAGCAUCAACUGUUCGAGCAGGUGCCCGAGUUAAAGGAGGACUUUGAAGUGCCGCUGUAUUGCUUCUUCUCGGAUGACCCGAGCGAGGAAUCAACGACGCAUCACGUAAACUGCUGGCUCGGGCCCGCUAAUACGGUUUCGCCGUUGCACUACGACCGCUACAACAACCUGCUCUGCCAGGUAUUCGGUUACAAGAGAAUUAUCUUGUAUCCGCCAGACGAGUCAGGCUAUCUGUAUCCCCACGAGUCCAGGCUGCUGGAAAAUACCGCGCAGGUAGACCCGCUGGAGCCGGAUUACGACAAAUGGCCGAACUUUCGUAAGGCCAACCAGAUGACGUUUUACUUGAGGCCCGGAGAGAUGCUGUACAUUCCGCCCAAGUGGUGGCACCACGUGACCGCCCUUACCCCGAGUUUUUCCGUCAGUUUCUGGUGGACGUAAAUUUGUAUGCAAGUACACGGGCGGCAACGAUCUUGACCAAGACUUCGUUAUUAAAGUAAACGUCGCACAUGCGUAUUGUAAAAUAAAAUACAUUGACAAAUCUGAAAAUUUGCCAAA